AUGUGGUGGCUGAGACGUGAAGUAACAGAUGGGCCUCUGGCGGGCCGUGUUCCUCUGCAUUCAAUGCACCACCCUUUUGAGUCCAUCACUCCUAACGCGGCGCCGCCUUCCAAGUUCCUGCUGAAGAAAGAGGGUGAAGAUGAAAAGGUGCCGGCGAUCCUAAACAAGGAGUACUCGGCGUGGAUAGCCAAGGACCAACAGGUCCUGAGCUAUCUGCUUGUUUCCCUGUCGAAGGAGAUCCUUCUCCAAGUCUCCAAUGCCACGACGGCGUCCGAGGUGUGGGCAGGCAUAGAAUCUUUCUUUGCCUCCCAAUCACGUGUGAAGAUCAUCAGCACCGGGAUGGCCUUGGGCAAUGCAUCCAAAGGCUCAUCCACCGUCGCAGAGUAUUACUCCAAGAUGAAAACACUCGCCAACGAGAUGGCAUCAGCGGGGCGUCGCCAGGAGGAUGACGAGUUUGUGCCCUACAUCUUGAAUGGGCUCGACGAAGACUUUGAUGCCGUGGUGACAGCGGUUGCUGCUAGGGUUGAACCCAUCACACCUGGUGAGCUUUAUACUAAGAUGAUUAGUCAUGAACAAAGAUUGGAACUGCGCAGUGGAGGAUCUCAGUCCUCUGUCAAUCUUGCGUCGUGCUGUGGUCAUGGCGGAGGGAAUCAGAAGGGUCUGCGCCCUGGAUCUGGAUCUGGUGGUAACAACCAUCAGAAUCAGAAGGGCGGGUGGAACAACAACAAUGCCAACAAAGAUCAAGCUCCUUUUUAG